AUGUCACGUCGAACACGCUUUUCCGACCAGCCUUCCACCGGCUCCUCGCAAUCCUACGACGGCGAAGACUCGUCCUCCCGCAGCCCAGACUACAGCGACGAAGACGACAUAAACGGCACCUUCAACGACGAAUACGACGCGGCCGCACCCUCUGCCGCUACUUCGGCCAGCUACCACCAGCAAGACCGGUACCAGAAACCAUCUCCUCGAGGCAGCGUCCGCUCGCAUAGCCGAUACGAACAUCAGCGAGUCUCUGGGUACCACGCACCCUCUGUGCCAACCGGAACAAUGAGCGACCCAUCGGACGACUAUCCGCAGUACAUGCACCGCACCGGCUACAGUGCGCCGCCGGCAAACAGCUACUACCCGCAGCAUGGCGCACAGAGCGCCGCAUAUGCUCCCAGCCACGGCGGCUACGGCCACUACGGUGGUCGGGGCGGCCAGAUGGUCCCCAUGCACCAAUACAAUCCGUUUGCGCCGCACAUGGGUGGCAACAUGGGUAGUAACAUGGGGGGCUCGAUGGGGGGAAAUAUGGGAGCCGUGAUGGGGGGCGGUAUGGGGGCCGCUAUGAGGGGUGCCAUGGGUGCCAGCUCUGCCCUAAACUACUACAGCGACCCGCGUACGUCCAAUCACGACAUGAUCCCAUUCCAGCAGCAACAGGGCUUUUACGGAGGCGGUCCCGGCUAUGGCCUUCCGAUGCAACCCUACAUGUUCGGAAAUCAGCACCCACCCCCACCCGAAGUACCGGCUGCUACUACCCCAGCUCUGCCAGAAGAGAAGAAGCCCGACCCGGAAGUGGAGCGGAUAAAGGAGCAGUUGAAGCAGCUGCAGGCGGAGAAGGAAGCCAAGGAAGAAGCCGCUCGGCGUCAGCAGAUGGAGGACGCCAUCCGGCAGACCGCACAGGCCGAAUUUGCACGGCAACUAGAGGCCUCGAACAAGGAGCGUGAGGAGCAGGCCAAGGAGCUCGAACGGGCGAAGAAAGAAGCAGACCGCCUGGCGCGUGAACGGAUGGAAGCCGAGAAAAGGGCGGAUGAGGAGAAGCGGAUACAGCAAGCCGAAUCGAUAAAACGCAUCGAGAUGGAGGCCCGGGCCAGAAUGGAGGCCGAACGCCGAGCUGACGAGGAGCGCAGGAAGCGGGAGGCCGAGGUGGCGGCACGGGUAGAACAAGAAGCCCGGUCCAAGAUUGAAGCUGAACGUCGGGCGGAAGAAGAGCGGAGGAAGAGAGAAGCAGAAGUGACGGCACGGGUGGAGCAGGAGGCUCGAUCGAGAAUAGAAGCCGAACGCCGUGCCGACGAAGAGCGAAGGAAGAGGGAGGCCGAAGUAGCAGCACGGGUGGAGCAGGAAGCGCGAGCCAAGGUCGAGGCAGAACGCGUGGCCGAGUUGGAGCGAAGGAAGAGAGAAGCAGAAAUGACGGCACGGGUGGAGCAAGAGGCGCGAUCCAGGAUGGAGGCCGAACGCCGUGCCGACGAGGAGCGGAAGAAGAGAGAGGCCGAGGUAGCGGCACGGGUCGAACAGGAAGCACGGGCCAGAGUGGAAGCCGAGCGGCGGGCUGAGGACGAGAGGCGGAAGCAAGAGGCUGAAGUGAAGGCACAUCUCGAGCAGGAAGCCCGAGCCAAGAUGGAAGCCGAACGGCGGGCACAGGAGGAGCGGAAGAUACGUGAGGCGGAAAUCGCGGCGGCUGAGGCAGCAGCUCUGAAGGCGCGAGUGGAAGCAGCGGAAGCGGCAGCCAAGGCCAAAGCAGCAGCCGACUUCAAGGCGGAACAGGAGGCCAAAGAGGCGGCGGAGAAGAAGGCGGCGGAGGAGGCAGCAUACCGGAAGAAACUCGAGGACGAGGCCAAGCUGAAGGCCGAGAUGGAAGCUCUCAAGAAGUUGGAGGAAGAGAAGAAGGCAGCCGAGGAAGCGCGGCUAGCAGAAGAGGCGAGGAAGAAGGCAGAGAAGGCGAUGAAGGAAAAGAUGAUGGAGGAGGCGAGGGCAAAGAUGGAGGAAGCGGAAAAGAAAAAGGAGAUGAUGCCGGUCAAAUUCAAGGAUGCGCUUGGCCGCAAGUACAGCUUCCCGUUUCACUUGUGCAAGACCUGGCAGGGCAUGGAAGAGUUGAUCAAGCAGGCCUUCAUUCAGGUGGAGUUCAUCGGCCAGCAUGUGCAGGAGGGACACUACGAUCUGAUCGGGCCGGACGGAGAGAUCAUCCUGCCGUCGAUCUGGGAGCGGGUGAUCCAGCCGGACUGGGCUGUGACGAUGCAGAUCUGGCCAAUGGACAAGAUGCCGCCUCUUCGUCGGCCUGGCGUGCCAGGUGCGGUGCCGCCUCCUGGAGUCCCCGGACAUCCCGGACAUCCCGGACAUCCCGGACAUCCCGGACACGGUCAGGCUGCUGCACCGGCUAAUGGUGUCCGAUACCCGAUGGCUGGCGGGAUGGGGCGCGGCGUGCCCAUGCCGUUCCGACCGGGGAUGGUUCCCGCCGGUGCCGCAGGUCCAGGCCGGGCUGCAGGGCCAGGGCCGGCACAACAGUGGCCCAUGGGAGUCCCUGGCCAGAUGCCACAGGUUGUGCCGCAACCUGGGCAGCGGGCCCAUGUUGUCAACGGUGAUGGGUCCCGACACCACGACAAGAAGAAGUCGAGCUCCAAGACAGCGGGCACCCUGCUCGCAUUCAUGGGCGGCAAGCCGGUCAAGGUCAAGAAGCGCAAGUAA